CUUCAAUUUCUCAAUUUCAGUCUCUGUUCUGUGGCUCCGAAUUUCAAAAACUGCCGCCCGAAGCUCCACUCCGGUUGCUCCUUCAAGCACGAACCGCAAUUCCACACCCCAUACACACCCCAUUUCGCGGCGUCGCAUGAAAAAUAGAGUCGCGGCUUGUGACCUCAGCGAGGCGCCUGUUUUCUCCGUUCGACUUUCGCGUUUCUGGUCAGCAAGUUCGAGAAAUGGCGACCCACCUCGCGACUCCCCUCCCCGCAUCUCCCGCUGCAGCAAGCAACCUCCGCAGCCGAGUGCAUUUCCUGAAAUCCGCCCGGGUGUUGACGUCCGAUCUAUCGGACCUUCACGAAGCGUUUCGCGAAAUCCAGUAUGACCAUCGCAGGAACCUCGCCUCCGUGGCGUCGUCGAAGCUCCGAGCGCUGGAAAUCGACGCUGCGAAGUCGCUUGCGUGGAAGCAGAAGCUGCUGCGCGGGCUCAGGCGACGCAUGGCAGCGCUAAUGUCGGAUAACCAAGUCAAGGUUGCAGUUUCUGGGAGCGAGGCCAUGGAAAGGUGGCGGUCUCAGCAGCAGCAGAUUCGCGAGCAGCAACAGCAGCAGCAGCAGCAGCGGCAGCGGCACGAGCAGCGGUUUUAUCAACACUUGCUUGCCAGGCAGCGUCAGCAAGAGUCUGAGAGACAACUCCAGACGGUCCCAGCCCAGACGGUCCCAGCCCAGACGGUCCCAGCCCAGACGCUCCCAGCCCAGGUUAUCACAGGGGAGAGCCAAGCUGCAGCAGAGACUCUGACCAGUGAAGGGAUGGUGGACGAGGGUGGAGUGCGGGUAGGCGGAGAUCUGUCAAGGUAUCAGUCGAUGUUGGGAUCAAUCCCUGAAAUUGGAAAUGGACCUGAAAUUGGAGCUGGCGCGAGCACUUUCGUGGAUGCUUGCAUUGGGAUAGAUGGGGGUGCGAACCCUGGGAUGACUGCUGGCAGUGCCGCUCGUGCUGUUGGUGCUGCUGGCACUGCCAAUGCGACCACCCCGAGCAGCGCUGGCAGAAGUGGCAUGGGUAUUACAGAUCCGCUGGUGAUGGUGGCAAUGUGUCUGCAAGCGCGGUUCAGUGACACGUGGAGGCUACUAGACAGUGUAGAGGCGGAGGUAAUGGGAAGGUACCGAGUUAGGCGGGAGAAUGAGAAGAAUUCUCGGAGCAGGGCGGCACUGGUGAAAGGCUGGGCGUUGAGUGAUUCGAGAUUGAGGAUGCAUGGCAAGAGGAUGAAGAAGUGAGGACGUACGGAGGGAAGGGGGAGAAUGCGUGUGAGCUUGGGAACAAAAACGUAGCCCAAUGCAGUGUGUGUGUGAUCAUCUGGUAGGGGAACAAAUCACUAGCCUGAAUCCACGAAGCCACCUACCAGUUGAUUAGAUAGAGUAAAACGUUAUGUUCUGAUUGUAUGCCUAACAUAUUUUUUCAAG